ACAAGACACCACAACAGGCUUGUUUACCAGUCUAUCUGCUAGCUAUUUACAGCUGUCUUUAGUGGUUGUGCGUGUUUUAGUUGAAAUGUUCGCUAAAAUUUUGAUGGUAAACUAUUUAACGCUCGUGGUUGUAUUAUUUGUAGUGGCAGACGGACAAUUAGAUGAAGAAUUUAACCAGAUUAUAAAGGAACUUGAUGAUGAGACCACGACUGUACAGCCAGAGACCACGACGACGCCUUUGUCUCUAGAUCCGUAUCAAAAUAAUAAAGAUCCUUAUGCUGUGCCUGGUAAUGUUUCCGUUAGUUGCGAUUAUCAAUGUGUGCCGUUUUAUCAAUGUAACAAUGGAACAUUGGUAACCAAUGGGGAAAAUAUUAUUGAUAUCAGAUCGAAAGAAUCCUGUGGCAACGCUUUACUUUCUUGCUGUAAAGACGAGCACGUCACCCAUGACAGAUUUACACCAACGCCACCUGAAGUUCCCGUACCACAGGGAUGUGGGUAUCGCCGAACGAAAGGUGUAGGGUUCGAAAUUACUGGAACUAAGGACAAUGAGGCUCAGUACGCCGAAUUUCCAUGGAUGGUGUCCAUAUAUAGGCUACCGAAAGAUGCGAAUUCAAGGCCUGUUUGUGGUGGUGCUCUGAUACAUCCACAGGCAGUUAUUACAGCGGCGCAUUGUGUACAGGAUAAAAGACAAAGAUUUGAAAUAGGAGCGGGAGAGUGGGACAUCAGUGGAAAAAUCAAACCAUUUCCAGUGCAGCUAUCGGAAGUUGAAUCAGUCACCAUUCAUCCUGAAUUCUACGCAGGCGCAUUGUUCAACGACAUUGCCUUAUUAAAAUUAACAACUCCCAUUAAUCUUUCCGAAAACAUCGACACCAUCUGCCUGCCGUCUCAAAACUUAGUCCACAAGCCCAAAAAAAGAUGCUACUCAACGGGAUGGGGCAAAGAUAAGUUUGGAAGGCAAGGAGUCUAUAAGACUAUUUUGAAAAAGAUCGACUUGCCUGUGGUACCUAAAAAUAGAUGUCAGGAUUAUCUCAGGAAAACCAGAUUGGGAGAAUUUUUCCAACUCCAUUAUAGCUUUAUGUGCGCCGGAGGGGAGAAAGGUAAAGAUUCUUGCAAUGGAGAUGGAGGUAGUCCUUUGGUGUGUGCUUUUGAUGACGACAAAGACAGAUAUUACCACGCAGGUAUAGUCGCCUGGGGCAUCGGAUGCGGUGAAAAAAAAAUUCCUGGGGUGUAUACGGACUUGGCCGUAUUCAGAAAUUGGAUAGACGGAGAAAUGUCUAAGAAGCGACUGCCGACGACGUUUUAUGAUAGAUCCGAUCCUUUUAUACCAAGGAUUAAAAAUGGGCAGAAACUCUAAGUAGAAAACAGCCGACGAAUUUUAUACGUAGGAUAUUUGCAUUGUGUUAUACAAUUUAAUUUUUUAAGUAAUAAACAGACAUAAAACUAUG